CAACCACCAUCCUGACUGCCGAGAACAAGAACCUGGAUUUGAGAACCCUCUUUUUAUCCAGGCUGAGUGCCAGUCCGGUCACCACAACGUGCCAGGCCGUUAUAGUGAAGAUGUUAGGGAAAGUGAUUCGACUGGUCGACACCCCAGACUUCUUCGACGAGCAGCUAGAUGACCCCGAGGCCAAGAUAGAGGAGUGUAAGAGGUUCUGUCAGCCCGGCAGAUGUGUGGUGUUAUUGGUGAUACAGCUGGGCCGCUUCACUGAGAGCGAAGUGGGAAUAUUAGAGAGGCUGGAGGACAAGCUGGGCUGGAGGAUCAGACACAGCACAGUGGUCCUGCUGACCCACGGAGAGGAUUUCAACGGCAGCGUGCACAGGUUUAUCUCUGAGCGCACUCCCCUCAAGCAGAUUGUGGAAGCGUGCGGACAUCGAUGCCACAUGUUCAGGAACUCAUCCAGGGAGUCCAGACAAGUCAUAGAGCUCUUCAAGAAGAUUCCAGAUUAUGACACAAUAUUCCCAAAGCUAUCAAAUAAAAGACUACCAGACUGCAACUUGUUGUAAACUGUGGCUGAUGCCCAGUGCCAACAAGACAGUGUUGUGUGUGUGUGUGUGGGUGUGUGCCAGGUACACGUGUACAUGAUGCUUGUGUUGUGUAGACUUGUCACUGUGUUGUAUAUACUUUAUAUCUUUUUUCCUCAAUUAACGUCACUAAACAAAAGAUGUCUUGCUUAGACAGACUUCUUUUUGAUUUCAUUUGGAAAAAUAAACCACACAAGGUUAAAAAGGAAAUUAUGUGUUUACUUCUUACAGAGGGGAGGGCUUAAUGUUCUAGAUUUUUCUUCAUUUAACCAUAUUAUAAAAAUCAACUGGAUCAAAAGAUUUCUAAAAAAAUCCAGAUAGCAUGUGGAAUAUCAUUCCAAAUUUCCUAUUUAAAAUGGUUGGUGGUCUUAAUUUCUUAUUAAUGUGUCCCUUCGCUGUGGGAAAGCUCCCAGUCAAACCCUCCAACUUCCACAAAUCAGCCCUUAUGAGCUGGUCUCUCUUGUAUAAGCACAACUACUCUCCUCAUAAAUAUUUGUUUUUAUGGAAUAAUGCCAUUAUCACUUAAAACAAUGAAUCCUUGUUCUUUGAAAAUUGGUUUAACAAUAACAUUCUACUUGUCAAGCAGCUGUUUAACUGUGAUGGAGUUCUAUUGUCAUAUGAGCACUUCAUAACUAAGUACAGGGUUCCUGUCUCCCAGCACGAGUAUAAUACUGUUAUUAAUGCACUUACAUCUGUCAUUCUCUGUUUAGCACACGCCUUCUCAAACACACACAUUGUUCAAUAAAUCUCGUUUCUAAAAUCUGUAACUGAGUCUAGUAUCUUUAUGUGUUCAUUUGU